AACGUUAACGGAAUUCGCCGUUCGGAUGUUCAGUAUUCACUAUUCACUUAUUACUGACGUUUGUAAUUAUUGUUUACGUAUUUUUUUUUUUUUUAUCCACUCAACGACUCGACACUUUUUUUUUGCGAUUUCGAAUUCGGAUUUCAGACUUGGGUUGUAAUUGUCUAAACCACGUUUGCCGUUUUACGUGUAGUUCGUCAAGAAGGAUAAGUGGUAUAAUCCAAGCAAUUUAAGGACUACAAAUGAGUACUGAAUUUGUCGAAGGAUGGAGAAUUGCUCAGACGUUGGGCGAAGGAACAUUUGGCGAGGUAAAACUUUUGAUAAACCGAAAUACCAAUGGCACUGUAGCUAUGAAAACAGUUGACUUAAAAAACUUUCCUGAUGCACUAAUGAUGGUAAAAAAAGAAGCAGCUAUACAUUCUCGAUUGAAGCAUUCAAGCAUUAUAAAAUAUUUUGGACACCGUCAUAGCAUAGAUCAUUAUUUUAUAUUCUUAGAAUAUGCAUCAGGAGGUGAACUAUUUGAUCGAAUUGAACCGGACAUUGGAAUGCCUCACCCGGAAGCUAAGAAGUUUUUUAAAGAGUUGCUUGCUGGAGUUGAAUAUUUACAUAAUAAUGGUAUUGCACAUAGAGAUUUGAAACCAGAAAAUUUAUUAUUGGACGAACAUGGAAAUUUAAAAAUAAGUGAUUUUGGACUAGCAACUUUAUUUUUAUGUGGUGGAAAACGGCGUAAACUUGAAAAGAGGUGUGGAACUCGACCUUAUUUAGCUCCUGAAGUUCUGUCACAGUUACCUUAUCAAGCUGAACCUUCUGACAUUUGGUCAUGCGGUAUUAUACUCGUUUCUAUGCUUGCUGGAGAGUUACCUUGGGAAAUGCCGUCAGAUGAUGACGAAGAUUAUAAAUUAUGGAAGACUACUGAUUAUGCUAGUCAUUCACCAUGGUGUAAAUUAGAUACCUUGGCUUUGUCGCUUGUAAGAAAAAUAUUGAUACCCACGCCGUCUAGAAGAUAUGAUAUAUCACAAAUUCAAUCUCAUAAUUGGUUCACUAAGUCAAAAACAUGUGCCAACAAGAAAGUGGGCAUUUCAGUUUUGUCCGAUAGAGGGUUUGAUGAUGCACGUCCAUGUUAUUCUCAACCAGCUCCAGCAGCAGUGCCAUUUUCUGUAUCUAUUCCACCUAAUGAAUCCGAUAUACAUUCAUUUACCCAGCCUACUCAGGUUGAAGAUUUGUUGCUGUCUUCGCAAAUUCAGACAUCACAAACAGUAUCUACUACAUUAAACAAUUCUAUUCAGAAAUUAGUCAAGAGAAUGACGAGAUUUAUUGUUUGUUUAUCGUCUGAUGAAGCAUUAGCCACUCUGUCGCAGUUUCUUGAUGAUUUGGGUUAUACAUGUAAAAUCAAUACAUCUGGUUUGGUUACAAUUACCACUGCUGAUCAGCGAUUAGUGUUUAAAUCUAAUGUGAUUCCAAUGAAUCAUCAGACUCUCAUGGACUUCAGACUUUCAAGAGGUUGUGGCUUAGAAUUUAAAAGACAUUUCGUUGCCAUUAAAAAUGCAAUGUCAAAAUUGAUAUCCAAAGGUCCGAUGAUGUGGCCUGUCGCUAUGGCAACCAAUACAGUACCAUGAGCCACAGAUAUUUACCAUAUUUAAUAUUAUAUAGAAGAUAAUCAAGACUGAUGUAUAAAAAACAAUUUAUUAAUUAAUAGGUAAAAUUUUGUACGAAGUAGAUCAAUCUUUGCAAAAGUAAUUUAUUUUAAAAGAACGUGUACAACUGGACGUACGAGUAUGUGUAAUAAUACAGAUUUAUAUUA